GAAGGUCAGAAUAUUGGCGUCAACUGACGCCCAUGAAAAAGCACCUUAAAACCAUCUAAAACGACGCGAUGACCGCUCUCAGCUGCUCUGAGCCGGCUCAGCCCUCUCAGGUUCUUCUCUGGUGUCAGAUAUCUCUGAACGGAUGUGACACAUUAAAUUCACAAAAAAAAUUAUUGAUAUCUGGCUUGGCAGAACUAAAUAACACUUUUUCCUGCUAAUUUCUUUCGUUUCGUAAAAACACAUCGAAUAAGGAUAAUUUCAUCGAUCUCUUUGUUAAGUAGUCAAAUUAGAUAAUUACUAUGAUUUCACAAAUUGCUACAUUCGCCUACGAUAUAAAGGAUUUUAAUUUUGACGUUAAUUCAUGCGAAGAAAAUGAAUCCUCAUUCGAUAACGUCUUACAACGUACGUGGACACAUGCUGAAAAAAUUAAUGUAUUCAGAUAUAUUUUGAAUAUAAGAGAUAGCAAAAUAUUAAAGGGAAAGUACAGAUUUCUGGCACAGUUGAAUCCAGACAGAGCUCAGACUCGACGUGCUCCAGAAUUAAUUACAUCCAUGUUACAACAUUUUAGCCCUACAGGCUUUAAUUUCACAAAACUAAUGCAGCAAGAAAUGUUAUUUGAUGUAGGAAGUGGCGACACGAAUGAUAUAGUUGCAAUUAAUGUCAGUCCCUUGGAGCAGUGUCAUUGUUUACUUCUCACAGAACGCUUAAAGUGCCUGCCACAAAUUAUGACGGAGUAUAGUCUUCACAAAGUAUUAGAUUUAUGUUUAUUAAGUAAUUCAUGGUCUUUAAGAGCUGCUUUUAAUGGUUUGUGUGCAAUCGCCUCUGUUAAUCAUUUACAUUGGCACUUGUACUAUUUGAAGCACGAGAUGCUUCUUGAAUAUAUUGAUAUUUGCAAUUAUAUUUCUGGUGUACACUUGUUAGUAGAUUAUCCAGCAAAAGGAUUCUGUCUCAAACUGUCUGAUUUUAAAGAUAUUAAAGAUUUUGUAUCUCGCGCAUUUCUCGUAAUAAACUACUUACAAUUACGUCAAAUGGCACAUAAUGUAUAUGUUACACGAGCGAAAGCAAAAUGUAAUGAUAAAUUAUACAAUGACCUACGUAUUUAUAUUUGGGUUAGAAAGCCAUUCAUUGGUAUGAAAGACACGACUGCAUUUACUAUUGCAGCUUGCGAACUCUUUGGACAUUUAUCAAUUGGGGAUGAAAAUAUAUACAAUAAUCUAACAGAAGAAAAUGUAAGUAGUGUCCUUCAUGACAUCACAGAAGAAUAUUUUUUAUUAAUCAAAGACGAGCUUAAAAAUGUUUUAAAAAAAUAAAAAAAUUUUUAUAAAUUCUAAUGGUAACAUUUUUGAAUAAUAUAUUAAUACUGUAAAUUGAUAAUUUUACAUGCAAGGAAAUAAGUCAUUCUUAAUGUAACGCAAAAUUGUCAAACGUUUUGUACUUUCAUCGACAGAAUAUUUAUAAUACAAAACUUUAUAAAUAUCAGAAUACAGUUUAACGUUUAGGAUCAGCACUUAUACCGCUUAAUACAUUCCAAACUCUUUUUCCUCUCAGUAGAUAUUAAUUAAAUGUCUAUUAUAAAAUUUUUAAUAAAAUGUUAUAAAAUUUUUUAGUUUGCAUCCGUACUGCAAACUAAAAUUUAACUUUUCGCAUACUUACACACUUAUUUUUUCAACUUUUGCAUACACACUAGAUGAUUACCACCCAUGGCAAUUUUCAAAUUGCAUUUUUUUAAAUAUUUAUGCUAAAAUUUUGAAAAAAAAA